CCCAUAGGUGCCGGGCUUCACCCAGCGGGGGCCUCUGCAUCCCCCGCCACCAUGUGCUACGGCAAGUGUGCGCGCUGCAUCGGCCACGCUCUGGCCUGGCUGGGCGUCCUCUGCAUCGUGGCCAACGUCCUGCUGUACUUCCCCAACGGGGAGACCAAGUUCGCCUCCGACCACCGCCUCAGCCGCUUCGUGUGGUUCUUCGCGGGCAUCGUGGGAGGGGGCCUGCUGAUGUUCCUGCCUGCCAGCGUCUUCAUCGGGCUGGAGGAGGAAGAUUGCUGCGGCUGCUGCGGCCAUGACAACUGUGGCAAGAGCUGUGCGAUGCUCUCCUCCGUGCUGGCGGCGUUGGUGGGCAUCGCGGGAUCCGGUUACUGCGUCAUCGUGGCCGCGCUGGGCUUGGCAGAGGGGCCGCUGUGCCAGAACACCCAGGGCCAGUGGAACUACACCUUUGCCAGCACCGAGGGACAGUACCUUCUGGACAGGGACUCCUGGUCCCAGUGCAUCGAACCCAAACACAUAGUGGAGUGGAACGUCUCACUCUUCUCCAUCCUCUUGGCCCUGGGCGGGAUUGAGUUCAUCUUGUGUCUCGUCCAGGUCAUCAACGGCAUGCUUGGUGGCAUCUGUGGCUUUUGCUGCUCUCGCCAGCAGCAAUACGACUGCUGAAAGGCCCGGUCUGGGACGGAACCACACUUUUCUCGUUGUAAUUUAUAUAUUUCACUUGUAUUGAUUUGUAAAACUUUGUACUAGUGUAUCAUACUCCGUAUCGUCUACUUUUGUAAACGUGUUUGGAGACUGGCCUCUCCACCCCAUAUCAGUGUUUGAACACAGCAAGUUCCAACUUUAUUAUUAUUUUUUUAAGGAAUAAGACUGGCGGCCGCACUGCAAGGUAAUUUAUAACGCCGUCAUGCUCAGACUGUAUGGGAGAAAUUUCAGUCUAAAGUCAUGAGAUUUUUCGAGAACUACAGGGAUAAACAGCACAUUCCAAUGACUAUUGUAUAUAUGUGUGCACUUGUGUUUAUUAAACAGGAGAUUUCUAGUUCUUUUUUUUUAAGACCAUGAAGAUGAUCCAACAACUUAAAAAGAUGUUUGUUAGUUUGAGUUUUUUUUUUAAACUGUUUAUAUGAUGUUUCCCGUUGGUUUGCUUGCAAAUUUCUAAGAUGAGGCCUUUGAACUAUGAUGUGCUCUCUGAGGAGAGAUAUUUACCUGCUGAGGGAGCAUGCCUUGGGGUCUCCAAACCAAAGGACCGAAUAAAAGCAUGUCACACUGCUCAUGGCGGCAAGUCCCCGGCAAUUUUAAAAUUUCCUAACAUGGGGGCAAGCUCUUCUCCUUCCCAGACGAGCAGGAGGGACUGUGGUUUUUAGAGAAAGGCCUCCAGAAUUGGACAAAAAAGCGGGAAAUGGAAUAAAACAAUUGGUCAGCAUCAUUGGAAAUGGGUUGGGGGGAGAAAGAACAGCCCCUACGGCAUCAUACUGCCCAUUUAACUACAACAAAUAAAAGUAUCCAU